GUGCGCGCCGCCCCGAAGAGCCGCACGCGUGAUGUGUGGGACAUAAUGGUGGAUAGGUAGGGAACACAGUUUAGCUCGGUUUAAGAGUAGCUCAUCAACUGUUGAUCAAUUUCCAGUUGUUGUCUCGGACUCUUCGCCCCCUCGGACUCGACAGCUGCUCGCUGCCGCCGCUCGCUCGGACUGAACGACGCCCUGGAUCGCAAAAAAAUGCCGAAUAUCAAAAUAUUCAGCGGUAGCUCACACCCGGACCUGUCUCAGAAAAUAGCAGACCGCCUGGGACUCGAGCUGGGGAAGGUUGUUACGAAGAAAUUCAGCAACCAAGAAACAUGCGUGGAGAUAGGGGAGAGCGUAAGAGGGGAAGAUGUCUACAUCGUGCAGAGUGGCUGUGGGGAGAUCAAUGACAAUUUGAUGGAGCUGCUGAUCAUGAUCAACGCCUGCAAGAUCGCCUCUGCCUCCAGGGUCACGGCUGUCAUCCCCUGCUUUCCGUAUGCCCGGCAAGACAAGAAGGACAAGGUGGGGAGCCGCGCUCCUAUCUCUGCCAAGUUGGUGGCCAACAUGUUGUCAGUGUCCGGCGCGGACCAUAUCAUCACUAUGGACUUGCAUGCCUCACAGAUACAGGGAUUCUUUGAUAUCCCCGUUGAUAACUUGUAUGCAGAGCCAGCGGUGCUGAAAUGGAUCAAAGAGAACAUCCCUGAAUGGAAAAACUGUACCAUCGUCUCACCCGACGCAGGAGGAGCCAAGAGGGUCACCUCAAUAGCAGACAGGUUGAAUGUGGACUUUGCCCUUAUUCACAAGGAGAGGAAAAAGGCAAAUGAGGUGGACCGCAUGGUUCUCGUCGGAGAUGUGACGGAUCGGGUUGCCAUUCUAGUUGAUGACAUGGCUGACACGUGUGGUACAAUCUGUCAUGCAGCUGACAAACUAAUUUCUGCUGGUGCCACCAAGGUGUAUGCCAUCCUAACCCAUGGCAUCUUCUCCGGCCCAGCUAUCUCACGCAUCAACAAUGCCUGCUUUGAAGCUGUGGUGGUCACCAAUACAAUCCCUCAGGAGGAAAAGAUGAAGCAUUGUCCCAAAAUACAGGUUAUUGACAUCUCCAUGAUCCUUGCAGAGGCCAUCCGUAGAACUCACAACGGGGAGUCUGUGUCGUACCUGUUCAGCCACGUCCCAUUGUAACAAAUAGUGUCUACCAUCUACUGUGUGCUGUUACACCAAAUAAGAGAAGAGGGAAUUCCCCAACCCAAACACAACCAUUAGCAAAGCUGUUCUGCUAACUUACCAUGAAAAAAACACAAAAAAACUGUCAUGUCUGUUACUAAUGCUGAUCCCACUCACUUGAGUCCCUUCCCUCUUGAGCGGUGUCCCUUCAUGUCUGGGACACCAAAGCAAUUGCAAGCUACCAGUUUAGGUCAGCGUAUUUAUUGUACUCGGGUAAAUAAGUGUUUAUCCACUGUGAACUUUGUCCCCCCCUUUCAUAAAUCCAGAGUUUCUCCUGACCAUUUCACCUCUCCAGGAGUCAUUUCAAUCUGUUGUCAAAGAGCUUAUAUAAAUAUCCCUGGCAGGUUCCAGUGGUCAGGAGAAGCAUCUGCCAUAUAAAGCUGUUACAGUGCUUUUUGUUACAAUGAACGAGUGCAGUUUUUCAUGUUGCUCUUGUAUCUUCUGCUGUUUGAAAGAUUAUAAUUAAUGAAGUGAAUGUGUAUUGAACUAGUUUACAGUGCCACUGAAGCUCCACUCAACCAAGAGUGCCUCAACAGUCUGAAAUGAAAUGACUUUUUUUCUUCCAGUUCUCUCAUUUCUCCCUCCUAUUUAGCUGUGUUUAUAUUCUCACUGGAUGAAGAACUGUCACACGUCUUAUCAGGCUGUAGAAGACGAUUUUGCAUGUUUAUUUCAGCUCUUGAGGUGCCCUCAUUGAGUGUGGUUGGCCCAGUGUCCAGGGUUUACCCUCCGAGGUUCUGCAUUGAAGGUCUUUCUAUAGAGAAGCUGUCGGGUUUUUAGUUUGGGGUCUCUGCAGGCUGGAGCUUCCGUCAGAAAUGUUCACCUGCUUUUCCUUCUUCAUUUUUGUCUUUUUGUAUGUCUGGAGGAAAGAUUUGUCAUUAUUGUGCAUAUUCCAAACUUUUGUGUUUUACUUUUUCAGUAGGCUGAAUGCGCCAGUUAUCUGAGGAUGCAUUCUUAAUAAAAUGAAAUAUGCGCAAAAUCUUAA